AUGUUUCGUUGUCCAUCAUUAAUUUCCCAAAUAGCAUCAUAUAGUUUAAAGGGAAGAAGUGCCAUUAUUAAUGCAGCCUUAAUCGAUCCAACUAAAGCGGAAGCAACAGAAGCAACAACAAUGCUUAGUCGUGGAUUUAGUAUUAGUCUUUUAAGGCAAGCAACUGUAUCAUUAAAAGAAAGUGGUAAAUCUUCAGUUAAUAAAAGUGAUGAAAGCCCAGAACCAAAAAAGCCAAGGUCACCUUAUGUAAUUUUUUUGAGUGAUGAAUAUAAAAGUGAAAGAACAAAAAAUCCCGAAUUAAAAAAAUUAGGCGACAUUUCUAAAGUUUUAGCUGAAAGAUGGAAAAAUUUAUCAAAAGAUCAAAAAAGCAGCUACGAAGCAAGAUUUCAGCAUGAUAAAAAUGAGUACAGUAAGAAGUACGAAGAGUGGCAAAAUUCUUUAACAUUGGAAGAUAUCGAGCUUGAGAAUCAACAUCGCGGAUUGAAAAACAAAAAACUAUUGAAAGAUCCAAAUCUUCCAAAGAAACCCGUCACGUCAUAUAUUCAUUUUGUUAAGCAGAAUUUAAAUGUAAAUGAUGGCGAGAGUUCCACUUCUCGUUUAUCUAAACUUGCUGAAAAAUGGAAGAGUUUAUCAGAAGAGGAAACGGAGCCAUAUAAAAAUUUAGCCGAAAAAGAUAAAGAAAGAUAUAGUAAGGAAAUAGCGGAAUAUAAUAAUAAGGGAAAAAAAUCAAAAUCAUAA